GUGAUUCGGACAUCAGUCCAAACUCCCCUCAUACCUGCGCACAUAGCCUCCCCGAGCAGGAAAGUCGCACUGCAGCAAGCUGAGUGGAGCAGACGGAAAAUACUUUUAACAGCAGAGAAUCCAUCCUGUAUAAGCUGAAAUGUUGCUGAGAAGAAACCGACAUGUCCAAAUACUCCCAUUUCUCAUUGCAGUCUGCCGCAUCACUCUGGCCUUCCCCACACAGACUCCAUCGGCCAGUGAUGAUGUCCAGCAGCUCCAGGUGAACAUCCCAGACUCAGGUCCCAUUUCCGCCCCACUGGGCAGCUCCAUCUCCAUCCCCUGCUUGGUGUCACUGUCCUCCUCCUCCGCUGUUGCACCGCGGGUUAAGUGGACUAUGGUGUCUGGUGGGGUGGAGACACAGAUCUUGGUGGCGCGGGGUCAAAGGGUGAAGGUAAACGAGGCGUACCGAGAUCGCGCUGCGUGGCUGAACUACACCUCCUCCCCCGAUGAUCUGUCGCUGUGGUUGGGAGAUUUACGCUCCAGUGACUCAGGUUUUUAUCGCUGCGAGGUGCAGCAGGGCCUGGAGGAUGCCAGCGACCUUGUGCAACUCAAAGUCAAAGGUGUCGUAUUCCACUACAGAGAUGCUUUGGGCCGCUAUGCUUUUUCUUUCCAUCAGGCCCAGAGAGCUUGUGAGGCCAUUGGAGCUCAAGUCGCGAAUCCUGACCAGCUGCUGGCUGCUUAUUAUGACGGCUAUGAGCAGUGUGAUGCAGGCUGGCUGGCAGACCAGUCUGUCAGGUACCCGAUUCAAGUACCCCGUGAAGGUUGUUAUGGAGACAUGGAUGGCCAACCAGGCGUGAGAAACUAUGGGACACUGAAUCCAGAUCAUCUUUUUGAUGUUUACUGUUAUUUGGAGGAAACUGAUGGGGAGGUUUUUCAUGACUCCAUCCCACAGCAGUUGUCAUUUGAUGAGGCGCAGUUGUACUGCAGAGCGGCAGCAGCAGAGCUGGCUUCAACAGCGCAGCUGUACUUGGCCUGGAGUGAAGGUCUGGACCGCUGCAGCCCUGGCUGGCUGGCUGAUGGCAGUGUGCGUUACCCUAUCAUAACCCCCAGAGAGCGCUGCGGAGGACCUCAGCCAGGCGUCAAAACCCUCUACCGCUUCAACAACCAAACUGGCUUCCCCGAGCCAUCCAGCCUCCAUGACGUAUAUUGUUUCAGAGAUCAUUUGAAUCCUCGCACUGACUCUCCCGCGGGCUACAUGGCCACUCAGCCUGAGGACAUUGGACAAGAUGUGGUUAUCCUUCUGGAAAAAGAUCAUGAGCUUCAACUGGACAAACAGGCAGAACAGGUGGAGCUCAAAGCCCAAACUGUGGUUGAAUCAUUCCCCUUUUUCUCCACCUCUUUCACAGAGGAAAAUCUGGUUGACACACAUCAAACAGUUAUAUCAGACACAACACAGUCUCCUCUCAACACCAAACCUACAUUGGACCUCCUCGCGGCAAUGAAUGAAACUUUAUCUCCUACAGAAAUGAGCUCACAGUAUCCUACGGCACUGAUAAAUAACACAUUCAGCGCGACAGAAACCUAUAGUUCCCCACAAAACACGUCCUUCCUGCCUGAUAUUUACAACGACACCGAUUCCCACCACAAUUUAAACAGAACCUUUCAUAAAUCUGAGCCUGAAACCACUAUAGGGUUUCUUGAAUCAUCAUAUGAACCUCCCACUUAUAAUCAGACAGUUCAAGACACAACUCCCAAAGACAACACUUCUGAGAGGCCAGAGGACUCCUACGAAAUACAAGACACCAGUUUGGAUUUUAACAGAUCGCAAGACAAUUACAGCGAGUCAGAAAGGAAUCAUACCCGAGGAGAGAGUUCCUGGGAGCUGACCUCUGUGACACUUGACCCCUUGGUUCAGGUGAAGCUGGACAAGGCGGCAGUAGAAGAUCUUGUCUCAACCCAGGCCUCAAAAGAAGAAGGAAAACUUGUUAUACAUCAAGCUCACACUAUGAAAACUUCCAUGAAGGAGUUAACCUCGUUGGACUACCUGGAAGGGUCUGGAGAUAUUUCUCAAGAGAGACACAAGGACGUCGAAGCAGGAAGCUUCUUCCCCACAUCAGAGUCUUUCACUUCCAGCUUCACCACUCAUCCGUCCUCUUCUGCUUCGACUAGCAGUGCUCCUGCCGAGCCUCAGACUGCACUCACUGAACCAACCCUCUCAUUUGGGUCACGUCAUUCUGACAAACUUGGCUUUGACAUCCUCUCCACAGCACCACAGUUGUGGGAGUCCUCAAUUUCUAGACAAGAGGGAAGUACAAGCUUAGAAAUUGAAGACACUGUGACUCUGGAAAGUGAAGAAAAACAGCUGCACCCAACAACAUCUGAAUACCACCUUGUUUCUGGAGUAAGUUUAGCAAUCACUGAAUCUCCAGAGGGGUCAAACAGUUCUAAGUUGCCUACUGAUUACUCCACUGCACAGCAUGAAACAUCAGGUUACAGAGUGUAUUCAGGUACUACAACAAAUGAGUAUGAAGAGGCAAGUGGAGAUGAACUUCCUACAAUUACUGCAGCAUUGGAAGAAACAGUUAAAGUUGCUCCAACUGUCGAAAAAAAUGUUAGCCAAUUGAUUGAAGAAGAAAAUAAGGUUAACCUAACCCUUGGGGAGGUAGUUAAAGUUGCCACAGCCUUUGAAGAAGAAAUACAAGUUUUCCCAACUCUUGAAGAGAAGGUUAUUGACCCAACCCUUGCCCUUCAAACAGAAGCUAACCUCGCCACAACUCUUGAAGAAGGUAGUGCUGAACCAUACCUUGAAAAAGAAGCUAAUGUUGCCCCAGUUCUUGAAAAAGAGUUUAACAUCACUUUAACCCUUGUUGAACAAGCCAGAAUUGCUUCAAGCCAUGAAGUAGAAGCUAGCAAUGACCCUACCCUUGAAGUAGAAGCUAGCAAUGGCCCAACCCUUGAAGUAGAAGCUAGCAAUGGCCCAACCCUUGAAGUAGAAGCUAGCAAUGGCCCAACCCUUGAAGUAGAAGCUAGCAAUGGCCCAACCCUUGAAGUAGAAGCUAGCAAUGGCCCAACCCUUGAAGUAGAAGCUAGCAAUGGCCCAACCCUUGAAGAAGAAUCUAGCAAUGGCCCAACCCUUGAAGUAGAAGCUAGCAAUGGCCCAACCCUUGAAGUAGAAGCUAGCAAUGGCCCAACCCUUGAAGUAGAAGCUAGCAAUCACCCAACGCUUGAAGAAGAAUCUAGCAAUGGCCCAACCCUUGAAGUAGAAGCUAGCAAUCGCCCAACCCUUGAAGAAGAAGCUAGCAAGGGCCCAACCCUUGAAGUAGAAACUAGCAAUCGCCCAACCCUUGAAGAAGAAGCUAGCAAUGGCCCAACCCUUGAAGUAGAAGCUAGCAAUGGCCCAACACUUGAAGAAGAAUCUAGCAAUGGCCCAACCCUUGAAGAAGAAUCUAACAUUGCCCCAACUUUUGCCCAGGACUUUAUCGUCUUUCCCAUCGAUUCACAAACAUCUGACUGGGCUCUGCUAACGACCACAAAAGGACCCCAAGAGUCUCUGAAUGAUCUGGAGUACAGCAGAAAAAACACCCCCAUAAUCUCCACAACAGCUCCAAGUUCCUCUUCAAGUACAAAACCCACCGCUAAUUCUACAAAGAUGACCAGCACCACCAUCAGGACCACCACACACUGGUCCAGACGCACCUGGAGCCCGACCACCUCAGCUCCAAAUCCUUUGCACGAGACGGCUGAACCCCAGAAGGAGACCGGCUUCAUACCGCCAGUGGGACAAGGUCGGGUGGAUGCUGAAUUUAGUCUCACCCAGCCACCCACCCUGCUUAUCUUGCCCAAUGAGAGGGCAGCUAUAGGCGGUGCAGGGAAAGCUUCAGAUGCCUGUGUGGAAGACCCUUGUCUUAACGGUGGCACCUGUACCGAUCGAGACGGGCAGAUUCAAUGUUUAUGUUUGCCAACAUAUGGAGGAGACUUCUGUCAGACCGACCUGGAGCAUUGUGAACCAGGUUGGGAUAAGUUUCAUGGUUUCUGCUACCGACACUUCGGCCAGCGUCUGAGCUGGGAGGUGGCGGAGCUGCACUGCCGCAUGCUGGGAGCUCAUCUGGUGUCCAUCAUGACUCCUGAGGAACAGAGCUACAUCAACAACAACUACAAAGAAUACCAGUGGACCGGUUUGAAUGAUAAGGCUAUGGAGGAUGAUUUCCACUGGUCCGAUGGUAACCCGCUGCUGUAUGAGAACUGGUACAAAGGUCAGCCGGACAGUUACUUCCUGUCUGGUGAAGACUGUGUAGUGAUGGUGUGGCACGAUGACGGACGCUGGAGUGAUGUUCCCUGCAACUAUCACCUUGCUUACACCUGCAAGAAAGGAACCUCCUCAUGUGGUCCACCACCCAAGGUCCGAAACGCAUCAAUCUUUGGAAAAGUGCGACAGAAAUAUGAGACCAACGCAGUUGUGCGUUUUCACUGUGCUGAGGGUUUCCAGCAGAGGCUAAAUCCUCUGAUCAGGUGUUUGUCUGGAGGGAGGUGGGAAAGGCCCCAGGUCCUGUGCAUUCCCGAGGCCGGCGGUCCAACCCAGCAUCCUGAAGUGACGUCAGAGAGCAGCAGCAACUCUGCCGCUAUUAAAGACUUUGAAGAAUUUGAAGCCACUAAAGAGACACCACAAUACUGGGACAUCAAGUUUUAAAAGUCAGCCAUGCUUUUUCUUCCUGGUCUCCUUGUCCUUCCUUCCUUCCUUCCUUCCUUCCUUCCUUCCUUCCUUCCUUCCUUCCUUCCUUCCUUCCUUCCUUCCUUCCUUCCUUCCUUCCUUCCUUCCUUCCUUCCUUCCUUCCUUCCUUUUCCUUCCUUCCUUCCUGGUUUCUCCAACUCUGCUGUUGUAACAUGAAAAGGUGCCAAGAAUCAAAUGCUCUUUACCAAUGAAUGCUUUAAAAAGGACAAAAUAAAAUGAUUAAAAAAAGCUACAAACUGAAAAGAAGCCUGAGUGCUAAGACAGGCUUUGUUUUCCUUGAAUGGAGUUAAACGUUCCUACUUUUUCAUGUCCUUUAAAAUAUUUCUACUGUAUUUUUGUUUAAUGUAGUGAUAAGCAGAGUGCGGAAGAAGGAAAGUAGAAAGAAGGAAAGAAGAAAUACAGUUAAUGUGGAACUCAUAAUUACUGUCAGCUCCAAAUCUACAUGACAGUAAUGAUAGUCCUCUUUGUGUUUUUUGUUAUAUCAAGAACCUUUUUUUAUAAAAUGGUGCUAAUGUCUUUAAAACCUUUGUCUCUCAAUCUUAACUAAAUAGUCGAAAGGAACUGUACAUAUAUUCGUUUUUUCACCUGUGAUUAUUGCUGUCCCCAAUCUGCUGAGAGAAACCUUUUUUUAU